AUGAAGAUUAUAACCUGGAAUUGUCAUGGAGCAGCAUCUAAGAGGUUUCUUAGAGCUGCCAAAUGGAUUGUUUGUAAGCACCGACCCAACAUCUUCUACCUAUUAGAAACUAAGAUGUCUAGUGCCAAUGCGGAUAACGUUUGCAUCAAACUUGGCUUUGACAAGUGGGCAAGAGUUGAGGCUCUUGGGUACAGUGGGAGUAUCUGGACCCUGUGGUAUGAUAUUUUGCAGGUUGAUAUUCUCAACUCUCACCCUCAGUUCGUGCAUAUGGCAAUCAAGGAGAUUUCAGGUAGAAAGUGGAAUUUUUCAGUGGUCUAUGGCAGUCCGUCGCUUCACCUUCCGAAGCGGCUUUGGAGCUCCUUAAGUAGGAACAAGGUUCUGAUUAACCACCCCUGGCUCAUUGCCGGGGAUUUCAAUGCAAUUGUUAGUAAUGAGGAGUCCUCGAACCCUUACAACCCGGGAGGUCACAAGAAUGGAGAUUUCAGGACUUGGAUUUUCAAUGAAGCUUUCGUGGACCUGGGGUUCUCAGGCCUGGAAUUUAUGUAG